UUGACCCCACAGGGCAGGUCAGCUGUGACGACACCACUUUUUACUGGCGUCUGCUGCCGAAAAAAAGCCGGAAGUGUCGCCCUUGUUCCGUAGAAUUAUCGGUAUAUCCGAUACACAACUUCCCCCCAGAAUCGGUACGUGUGUGUCGUACUUGUCUACAACUUGCCGACGAAGAUUUGAAGCAAGUUUACGCCGUUUUUAAACACAGUCUGCAAGAGAAAGCGGCAAUGUCCAGAUGAUUUAGUGACGUCUGAUCUCUCCAGAAGCUUACAAACCACCACCAGGUCAGAGGUAUACCGUAUGGUGCUGAUCUACUGAACGAUGAACGUCUCUACGCUGGGCGCCGUCCUGGGUCUACACAACACCACAGUCUCUCAAGUGAGCAGCACUAGUAGUAUCACCACACUUAACUGGACAUCACCAACUACUACAACUCCAGUCUACAACACGACUAGUUACACCGCUACGAAUUUCUCAACUACCGCAGCUGUAACCCUCAAUACGACGAACCAAAGACAUCUUGUUACCAAAGCUCUCACAGCCUUCACAACUCCAGUCAUGGUGAAGACUACGGACUUACUGACGAACUCCACUGCGAGAGGUUUGCAUUCGUCCUCUCUGUUUCCUACCAAUGGAUCGCUACCACCGUUCGGUCAGCAGUGUAAAGACUCAGAGUACGGCCCCAUCCAGUUCGUUGCCAUUGCCGUGUCAGUCAUCAUUAUCUUCUUGAACAUCAUGGUCAUCGUGGCCAUCAAAAAAGGGCCUCGCGGGCUCCACAAGCCGAUGUAUGUGUUCGUGACGAGUCUAGCGGUGGCGGACUUGUUGCUAGGGCUCAUCUCCUUCUAUAGUUUUCUCGCAAACGACAUCUUGGACGUGAAGAUCGCACCGUUCGAGUGGAUGCUGAGGAAACUGAUCAUCAUGAUGACGCUGAUGGCGUCAGCCGGCAGCCUGUUGGUGAUUGGUGUAGACAGAUACAUCACCAUCGUCCAUCAUGUUGCCUACGUCACGAGAAAGCACGCCAUCAUCGCCGUCUGCGUCAUCUGGGCGUUGGCCAUCGCCAUAGCAACCAUCCCCCUCAUGGGCUGGAACUGCGUGGAGCACUGCAAGUGUCAGAUCAACUCCCAGGCGCUUAACGACAGCCGCCCGAACUGCGACCACCCGUCCUGCUCAGUGGCCCUCCCUCCAUUCACUACCGGGUUCCUCACCUUGAUUUUCACAGUCUUCAUCGUUGCGCUCCUCUUACAGUCGUUUGUCUACUUCCGUACGUAUUUCUCCAUCCACCAACAGACGUCCCUCAUGGAGUCCCACAAGAUAGACGACCACAGGGAACCCGCGGACAUCGUGUUCGCUAAAACCAUGGCGCUGGUGCUGAUCGUCUUCGUGCUGUGCUACGCUCCGCUCAUGGCGAUGAUCUUGAUCGACGUGACCACGGGAGGCGCCGGGGGCUCGGGGAUGAUCACCCCGUCCGUUCUCACCUACGGCACGGUGCCCGCCAUCCUGAACUCCGCGAUGAACCCACUCAUCUACGUCUUCAGGAUCAGGAAGAUGCGGCGCGCGUUCGGCUACCUCCUGUGCUGCUGUUGCCGGGAGAAGUUCGGCGUGGAGAGCGACAUGUUCGAGUCCAGCAGGGUACCGGAGAAGGUCCGGAUGAUCCGGGUGGGGAAGCUCAACUCGUCAGGCCACCGGGCGUCACCGCAGGCCUCGCGACAGUUUCGGAAGCUGAAAGAAAGCACGGAAGCUCAACCGCUGUCUGCGCCAACUCCUCCUCCUCUUGAUCCUCCGAAGGACGAUGCACCAACCGCUGACGUGGAGUUUGCAACUACGUGCUAGCAAGUAAAGAAGCGCCACCUGGCGAUGUUUUCCGUAUUUGCUAGCAUAAAGUUUCAAACCUUUGCCAGCGAUUCGGUACACGGGGGAAAUAUAUAGGGGUUACGCUGUUUUCAUAAAAGGUUGCUGAGAUUAUUCGCUGUCAUUCAAAUCAUGGUAUUUCGUGAUUUCUACGGGGAAGCCAUUUUGUCUCCAAUUAAACGCCAGCAAAGAAGCGGUCGAGGGAAGCUCGCUCAACUUCGCAUCAGCUCAACCUAUUAAAGCAUCUAAUCCCUGAGUCUGAAGUUGGGAAAAGCAAGACCCAUGCCUCUAGCGGUUGCUAUAGAAAUUGCAUUAGUGCAAGAGUUUUUAACCACCGGUGGCUGACGUAUAAAGUAAACAUUGGAAAUUCCUUCAAAACGCCGCUUGCUACAUUUAGAGGCAUUUUCAAUCAUGCAGACAAUUUAUUUAUUCUUCAGUGAGAUUUUUUGAACCAUGAAAUCGAUCUUGAAAGACAUCAUCUGAUAGAUUGAAUGUUGAUUGGGUGUGUUCGCACUCACGUGACUCUGACAUAUCCUAAUUGCCGUUCUUGUAUGACAUAAUCCUGCUAACACGUCGAACUAAGAGUACUAUUAUUAAUUCCUAAUCGGGUAGAACAUUGUCUUUAACCUAUGACAGUCCUAGUGUGGGCUAACACUUAUAAUUUAUCAACACACAAAGCAUGAGAACAUGAAAAUGCGAAUGACGAUCACACAAAAAUCAUAGACUUGACAUGUGGUAAGGCUUUAGAAACUUGAACUUUGUAACAAGCUUUGAACGUCAAAAAUCUUUAAAAAAUUUAACGUUAAAUGUGGUGUGAACAAGGUAAAGAUACCAGUAUAAAAGGGAAGCACAGCAUGAAAGUCUAUAUAUAUAUGUGUCGGCAGGUUUCAUUCUGAAUUGAGAUCGAACUGUAAUUCCCGAGUUAUCAUUUUUCAACUGAAUGAACACUACAGCCAUCGCUUCUGUGACCGUCAUGUUAUGUAGAUAGGAAAUGUGCAUGUGACUUAUCAGUGAACUGUGUAACACGGCGCAAGGAUAAACUAUGGCAGCCCCCGUCUAUAUCGAAAUGGUCGUAAGGCUCUGAUGUACAUGUAUGGUAUUUGGAAGUGCGUACAUAUCCAGUAAUACAUUGUAAGGUAGUAUUUUUAACAUGGUGCUUUUAGAAUUUCAUAAUUUAAAAGGACCUGUGUCACUUAUGUGUUUUCACGUAAAUGUGUUUAUCAUCAAUCAUGUACAUAUUACAGUUGUAAGAAAAACACAUUGUUUGUCACGAACGAAAACACUGUACUGACUGUCCUUAAAUAGGAAUAAAUACAUGUUUGCACGA